AUAUAUGUUCCAGUGCUUGGAGCUGGAUCUUUUCUUUUACAUCAAUUGUCUGGGUUGGUAAAUUCAAUUCUUAUCAAUUUUGGGCUUAGUGAAGAUAUGCACAAUCGGGUUGCCAUAUUUGUAUUGGUUGGAAUUUUCCUCUCAGGAGCUGCAUUAGGGUACUGGAUGGUAAGAAAAUCUGUGAUCUCGAAAGAUGGAAUUGUAGAUGUUGGUGUUGCCGAGUUUGUAAAAUGGGCCAUGCGCAUCAUUGCAUCUGCGUGUAUUUUCCAGAGCACUCUUGAUACUUGGCUAGCACUGGUGGCAUUGGCUUCUUCUUCUGCUAUUUGUUCUUUUCUUACAUCAACAAGAAGGAAAUGUCGUUCGCACCAACCACAUUCUUGGGACAGGAGUCCUUGGGUGCACCGGUCGAGGCCGGGAAUGAUAAGCCAAAGUCGUGCCAAUUAUUUCAAUAGGGCUCCGAGAAUGUAUUCUGAUAGAACAGUGUGGAAUAGACAUACUCCGACGACUUCAUUGGCAUGGACUAGAUUUCCUGCAGAGGUACUUCUGGUUUUCAAGGUGGUACGAAUGAUCUAGAUUACUAUUCGACCUUUCACAAGACGCGUAAUCAGAAGAAAUUCACGAAACAAGAAUGGGAAGAUUUCAGUCGUGAAUCCACCCGGGAUGCCAUGGCAGAACUGACAGCAACCCCGUAAUUCACAGAUUGGAUGAUUGAACAUGCUGACAGGAUAAAACUCCUUCCAUGUGAAAGUUCAGAAGAAUCAGUUGGAAGCAAAUUGUGUUCAUCUGAUUAUGAAGAGGAACGAGGCUCCGGCGGGUUCAGAUUAUUUAACUUGUAGCAGCUGAGGUAGAUAACUGAUGGUAACUACUGAAACUCUUGCAUGAAAAAGGUCCCCGUUGCGGUUAUGUUACUCGGAUUCGAGUGUGAAUUCCAGAUAUGAGUGUUUCCUAUUGGAGAUUCGGAUCUCAAUAAUCAUAAUCGGAUAUGUGUCGAACACAGAUACAUACAAAUACUUGAGAAAAUGAAGGGUAGGAGUAAAGCCAGAUAAACUGCUG